GAGUUCCUUAGCACAACCAAGGAACCUAGUAGCACAACCGUGGAGCCUAGCAGCACAACUGAGGAGCUCAGUAGCACAACUGAAGAGCCUAGUAGCACUACCAAGGAACCUAGCAGCACAAUCGAGGAGUUCAGUAGCACAGCAGAUGAGCUUAGUAGCACAACCGUUAAGCUUAGUAGCACUACCGAGGAGCCUAGUACCACUACCGAGGAGCCUAGUAGCACUACCGAGGAGCCUAGUAGCACAACUGAUAAACUUACUACCACAACCGAAGAGCCUAGCAGCACAACUGAUGAACUUAGUACUACAACCGAGGAGACCACUAGCACUAUAGAGGAGUUCAGUAGCACAACCAACGAGCCUAGUAGCACAAUUUUGGAGCCUAGCAGUACAACUGGGGAGCCUAGUAGCACAACAGAUGAGCUUAGCACUACAACUGAGGCGCCCAGUAGCACAAAUGGGGAAGUUAGCAGCACGUUAGAAGAGUUCAGUAGUACAACCAAGAAGCCUAGUAGCACAAAUGAUGAGCUUAUUACUACAACCGAGGCGCCCAGAAGCACAAAUGAGGAAUUCAGCAGCACGUUAGAAGAGUUUAUUAGCACAACCCUGGAACUUAGUAGCACUACCGAGGAGCCUAGUAGCACAACCGAAGAACUAAGAAGUACAAGCGAAAAGACAGCAGGACAACUGGACCCAGUGGCGCAAUUGUACAACGGCAGAGCACACAGCGCGAAAUGA